UUAAUGUUAUGCCUUUGGUUUUAGAUUCAUCUUUAGUUCUACUUCAGUUCUGACGUUGUUGUUUCAAUUAAAAACUAGAUUUGAGAGCAAAUGCAUCAAUUCAGUCCGAAGGAAAGAAGCCUAAUUUGGAUGCUAAAUGAGUUUCAUCCCGAAGGAAAUCAGCAAAUGUACUAGCUUCAACAUCUGCUAAUGCUGACAGUCAAUUUGUCACUGUUAUCAAGCCUUAUGCCGUUAUCCGACCUCUUCUUUAUCUUCCAUCAGCUUUUGCAAGACCAAAUGGCUUGAUGAGACGUACUAAAAUGAUUCUCAGAGAUGAGAAAGGAAGAUCAUGGUCAGUGCAACUAGGACCAGUGGGACCUCGUUUUGGAAUUACCAAGGGAUGGCGACAGUUCAGAGAAGCAAAUGCUGUCCAAGUAGGAGAUACUUACAAGUUUGAACUCAUCGACAAUGGAACGAUACCUAUAGCGUAUUUUCGUUUUAUAAAACAAGAUCUGAGAGAAAAAGCAUCAUUUCAGCCCGAAGAAAAGAAGUCUAAGUCGAAUGCUAAUGCUAACCGUCAAUUUGUUUCUACUAUUGAUCCCUAUUCCAUCCGCAAUCCUUACCUCUGAUUGGGAUAAAACUUGAGCGGUAUCUUCCAUUGGCUUUUGCAAAAUCAAAUGGCUUGGUGAAUAGACGUUAAAAGAUGAUUCUCCGAGAUGAGAAACUGGGAUCAUGGUCAGUGCUGCUAGCACCAAUGGGACAUCACGUUGCAAUUACCAAGGGAUGGCGACUGUUCAGACAAGCUAACAAUGUCCAAAUCGGAGAUCCUUAUAAGUUUGAACUCAUCGAGAAUGGCACGAUACCUAUAUCAGUUUUCCAUUGUGAGUAUAUGUUUACUUGAUUAUUUAGCUUUCUUUUCGUACCUUCCUUCUAACUUAUACAUGUUUCAAUUUCUUCUUAUUUGCCAUAUGGUAGAUCAUGUUGUGGAACCAUAAACAAAUUCAUCUAUAAAUAGUGUGAUAGUAUCAUCAUAUACUGCAAGUGCUUAGUGAGAUUCUUGAAAAUGUUAUGCAACUCUACACUGAAACUGAAUAAAAUGUGUCAGUGAAUAAAAUGUGUCAAGUUAUGGGAGGUGUCAAGGUAUUCUGAAGUUAAUAACUCAAAUGGU